AUGGUACAAAAGAAGAAGAAGGAAAUAAAAUAUGAAUAUUUAAAAAAAAAUAUUCUAAAAUCAGGCGGACUUGCCACUCAUAAAUAUGGUGAUAAGCAAGAAGAGACAGAUAAACUAUUAGAUAAAAUUUUAGCAAACGGUGGUUAUGAAAAUGAUAAAAAAUUAAUUCAUUCGAAAAUAUCAGUUUUACAAGGAGAUAUUCGUUCAUAUAAAGAUGAUUCAAAAACAACCUUUAAAGAUUUUAUCGAUCUACGAGAUUAA